GCGCGAAAAUAUUGUCCGAAACGAUGCGUGAAUAUAAAAUUGUUGUGCUUGGAAGUGGAGGCGUUGGAAAAAGCGCUUUGACGGUGCAGUUUGUGCAGGGCAUAUUUGUUGAGAAGUACGACCCGACAAUUGAGGAUAGCUACCGGAAGCAAGUGGAAGUUGACGGCCAGCAGUGCAUGCUCGAAAUUCUGGACACUGCUGGCACCGUUAGUUUUAGCUUAAAAUCAUUUUUGUGCCAUUAUGUCCGUGAACUGCUCUGAAU